AUCCGGGACAAAGUGAGCAUUGUCACUGCCCGUGCUGGAAAGGGCCACCUUUGGCGUGGACAGUGCCGUCUCAUGUGGCCCACUUCAUAGCACUGGAAACAACGAAUUUCUGUCUGACUGCUGCUCCUUGACUCACCAAUAGCUGCUAUCAGUUGGUUCUGGCUUUCCACAACUUGAGUCAACAACAUGUGCAGGUCAUCUCGUGAAUUUUAUUGUAGCUCAUCGCAAGGAAACUGCGGAGGCACGAUGGUAGUGGUAGUAGCACAUGCAGCUUUGCCAGAGGGGAAAAUUUGAAGCGAUCGAAACCGUUUCGAAAACGCCAACAUUUCGUCCAGUCCUGGGGUAGAAUGGGACUCCAAGAGCUUCAGCUGGACAACAUUUGGGAGUCUUUUGAAGAAUUGUUGUCGCAAAAGGAAAUGAAAGGCAUCUUCGGAUAAAUAGGGUUCAGCGUGGUGGAGGGCAUCUUCAAGCCUCCACAAGUACAGGAUGGGGUCCUCUGCUGGUCGUAAAUGGUUUUCCUCAAACAGGUCUGCCCAUUGAUCCCAGUCACCACUAUGGUCUGACACAAAAUUACCAAGUAUUUUCUGCAGGGUGCGAUUUUGCUUUUCAACCAACCCAUCACCCUGCGGAUGAUAGGCUGUUGUUUGUGACUUCUUAACCCUCAUGGUAUUAUAAAUUUCACGCAUUAACGUAGAUGUCCUUCUCGAAGCAACACAGAAAUGCGAGAAAGAGAAAGGAAGGAUACAUUCGAACAAAAUCUUCGUUAUUGCGCUCCAUCAAGGACUGCAACAGAUCGAUAAAACGGGCAAAGUGAACCAAACGCAAGAAAUACGGGCAAAGUGAAGCUGGCUGAUUACAGUAAAGUCCUUACAAUGCUUCAAGGAAAUGAUUUUGUCAAAUAUGUAUCAUUUAGAGCAAGGAAUGAUAACGGUGAUGUACUUUCGGCGCCGAGAAUUUUCGCUGCACCAGAUACCCAUCGUUGUUGGAUCAAAAAUUAAGAGCCUGGGCUCGAUUAGCGAGUCUUAGGGGACUGGGUUCGAGUAUCGAACCACACUUGCCGCAUGCAAAAAACGAAAAUGACGGACGUGAGAUUUUGUGAAUGAGAAAAUUGCAGUCAGAUUCUGAAAACAUUGGCGACCCUGCCAGGACAGUAAUAACCAGGAAAGAAAAUUUAUUCGUAAGAAAACAGAGAAUAUAAUGGCUACCAGAAGCCAACAAGAAAUCACAGGAGAAGUGAGAUAUGAGUUUGAAAGUGAGAUCGAAAAGGAGAUUGCAAAAUUGAAUUAUUUUGCUGAACAGGUAGAUGAGUUAAUUGUGUGUAGAGAUCUGAAAGAAAUGAAGUAAGUGCCAUGUCGGGUGGAAGUAAUUGUAGACAAAUUAUGAGAGGUAGUCAGUAAGGCAGAGGAGGAGAAAAUAGAGCAGCGGCUCACGCCAAGAGACGUCAGAAAAUGGAGAAGAGAGACCAGAGAAAGGUAAAGUCAAAUGCUAGCAGAAAAUUAAAUAUUAGUUGAAAUAUUAAAGGCAAGAUAAGCAGAUAUUGAGGCAGAAAUUAUAAGGAAAGAAAAUGAAAAGAAAGAGAGAGAACAGGUCAGGGAGGAGGAAAGAAGUAUAGGAAGGCAAAAAAAGUUGACAGAAUUGGAGGAAAAAUUACGGCAAGAAAGAUUUGAGCAGGAGAGAAUUAUCAUGGAAGAGAGAAUGAAGGCAGAAUUGAGAUUAGCUGAGAAAAUGCUAGAAAUAGAGCUCAAAACCAAAGCAAGUUGCUCCAAGUUGCCAUAACUGAAAGUAAUCCCAUUCAAUGGAACUUUGGGAGACUGGGUGAGAUUCAGUAACAUGUUUACAACUCAGGUUUUAAGUAAAGGUUUUAGUGAGGAAAUUAAGUUUGGGUAUUUGCUUAAAAUGGUGAAUCAAAAAGUUAGAGGAAAGAUUGGAAACCUCCAACCAGGAAAAAUCGGCCUUGAGACUACCUGGGAAACAUUGAUCAAAGAAUAUGGUCAAAUAAAUUCAAUGAUAAAUACACAUGUUGAUGAAAUACUCAGUUUAGCAGCAAUUAGGGGAACUAACUAUGAGAAAAUUGAAGAAUUUUGUCACAAAUUAACCAGAAGUUAUGAUGCUUUGUUGACACUUGGUGAGAAGGCUAUGCUGAAAGGAUUUAUGAUGAUAACACUAAACAAUUUACCUCAGGUAAAACCAGAUUUUGUGAGAAUGGAUGAGAAUUGGGAAAGCUGGGAUAUGGAGAAUCUAAUUGAGAAUUUGCAAAAAUGAUUGAAAAGAAAUAAAAUUUAAUGAAAUAGAAACCAGUUGAAAGAAAGGAAAGACACUGGAAUGCAGGAGUGCAGGAGAAAAAGAAAAAAGAGUAAUAAAGUGUGUCUAUUGUGAGAAAGAUCACUGGAGUGAUAAGUGUACUACAAUUGAUAACCUAGAAAAGAGGAGAACAAUUUUCAGGGACAAAAGAUUAUGUUUCAAUUGUGCCAAAGUGGGGCAUAGAGAAGACAACAUCAUAGCCAAGGGUGUUAUUUUUGCAAAAGAAAACACCAUAAUCGUUUCUGUGAAAAGCUUUAAGAUAUGAAAGGGUCAGUACUUGUAGGCUACACACCCAAUAAGGAAGAAUCCCUUCCACCAAUAUUGCUAGUCAAAAUUCAAGGAAAGAUUUUCUGGGCAUUUUUAGACAGUCCUGCAGGGAGAGAUUUCAUUUCUAGAGAAGCAAUGAAAGAGUUGAAAUUAAAACCAGAAAGGUUUGAGAAUAAAGAAAUAACCACUGUAAAUGGGAAAAGAAGAAAAUCUAUGCCAAUUUUUAAUGUGGAGAUAGAGUCAUUGGAUAGCAAAGCCAGACAAAACCUUGAAGUUACAGGACUAGUAAUGCAGAAUUUAACAACUGUACUGAGACCCGAUUUGAGAAAAUUGAAAACGAAGUAUAAGCAUACAAAGGACAAACAGUUUUAUCUAACUGACCAAGGGGAAACAAGAUCUUUCAUGCUCGGGGGGGACACUCCAACACCACUAUGAGCAAUUUGAGAAGCUAGAGUUUGGGAAUACACUAGAACAGCUUAGAUCAAAUACUUAUGUUGACAAUCUGAUGUGUACUGUAGCAGAGUUUGAGGAACUAGAAACAUUCAAGACACAAGCUACCUUUGUACUAGAUGAUUAAAAGUUUCCAAUUCAUAAAUGGGAGUCCAAUGCUGAAAGCUUAGAAAGUGAAGAUAUGAUCAACCCAACAAGAAUUUUGGGUCGCAUAUGGGACAAGAAAGAAGACUCUUACAACUCCCAUUAAUAAAGAUGUGGGUGAUGGCCCAAUUACUAAGAACGCCAUAUUAAGUCAGUUAGCAAGGGUAUAUGACCAACUCGGUAUCAUUUCACCUACUGUAGUAGAAGGAAAGCAAAUAUUCAGAGAGCCUGCGAUGAAGGAAGAGGUUGGAACAAAGAGGUUUCAAAGCCUCUUGUGAAAGAUUAUCUGAAGUGGUUGAGACAACUGAGAGAAAUUAAGAUGCCAAGAUGUUUAUUAAAGGAGGGAAAGAAAGUCAAAGCUGUACAGCUACACAUCUUUGCAGACGCAAGUGACAAAGCGUGCUCAUCAGUAAAAAUAGCAAUAAAAGAACAAGGAAGUGAUACAGUGAAGGGUUUACUUGUUUCAAAAUCAAGGAUAUAAAGAGAAAUACUCCAGUGCCAAGGCUUGAACUAGUUGGAGGUCAAAUGGCAGCAAACAUGGCCAGGAAUGUUUGCAAAGCUUUGGGAAAGCUGCCUAUUUCAUCAGUUACAAUUUGGAUGGAUAGCAUGGUUGCUUUGUUUUGGAUAAGCAACCCCAGAAAACCCUUGAAAACAUUUGUUGCAAACAGAGUGAAGAAAAUUGUUGAAAUAGAGCAAGAAAUAAACAUAAAGUGGAAAUUUUGCCCUUCAGCUGAAAAUCUUGCUGACUUAGGAAGUAGGGGAGCAAAUAUUGAUAAAAUGGUGAGUGGAAAACGGUUUGAAGGACCAGACUGGCUAGUGAAUGAAAAGGGAUGGCCGGUACAGCCAGAAUUAAAAAGUGGUUCAAAAACUUUGGAGGAAGAAAGACCAAUUAAGGAAAUAAUUCUAUACACCAAAGAAACAGAAAAUGGUGAAUGGGACAAACUGUUAGAGCAUAAACGAUAUUGGACAGCUUUGAGGACCACAACUUGGUGUUUGAGAUGCAUCAAGAAUUGCUCAGCAAAAUUGAGAAAGGAGAAGUUAACAGAGGGACCAUCAACAACUGAAAAAAAACAAGAGCAAGGGAUUUAUGGUUGAAAAGAGCCCAGAGAAGUAUCAUAGAAAUGAAAGAAACACCUGGCUGGAAAUUAUUCAGAGAGGAUCAAACGGGAAUAUUAUAUUGUCAAGGAAGAGUUCAAGGAUACAAUCAAAUGAACCUUGAGGAAAGUUUAUUCGUAGAGAAACUGAUUAGACAUACACAAGAGAAAGUGAUGCACAUGGGAGUUGCAAAUACAAUGGGAGCAAUCAGAGGAACAUGGUAGAUUUCAAAAAUUCGAUCUUUCGAAAUUCGAGAUUGUGAAUCCGAAACUUUCCGGAUACAUUCGUGAGGGGAGUGGAUUUAGAAUAUACACUUGCAACAAAAAUCAAGGCCAAUAUGAUCAUAUUGGUUUUCCAACAACUAAAUGGGAUUUUGCAAAAAUAUUUCAAAAUUCAUCAUGCCUUGUUCAGAAAACCUUUUAGCAAGUCUCAUCAAGGUUUAAAGGCUCCAAGACUGUCCAAAAAGUGGGUCUUUUAUACAUUUUAAAAAGUGAAUUAUUCUUAGAUAUUAAAUUUUAACUACUGCCAAUAUUUUGGUCUUUUUUGGUUUCAAACUAUAGACUGAUGGCUUCACAAAAGUGGUCUGAAUUUCAUUGACUGUGAUGCUCAGGAAGGAGGUUCAGAAAGGGCCUAGGCAUCCCGUGCAGUAAUGUAGAGGAGGGAAUAGGCAGUUUUAAAACCAAGUUUUUAUAAAAAAUACAAUUUUCCCAGGUAAUGGCUGGGUGAUUUAUUUGCGCAAAACACCUGUUAAAUUAAAUCUUAAAAUAUUUGCCUGUUUAUAUAACGGAAUCUUCAUAGGAAGUAAAUUAGGGGGUGGGAAUUUUUGGCGGUAGGGCCGAGGUAGGAAAUAGGUGAUGUUUCACUGCAGAUAUUUUAGCAACCAUUUGUGUUCCUGGCUCCUAGUUUCGUACCAAAAAAUUUCUCUAGAAAGUAAUUUUGAAAAAUCUCCUUUGUAGAAAAAGGUAAAUUUUUUUCCCAAUCAAAAGUAGGUUUUGCUCCACAGCAACUGUGUUUUGGUUUGAAACACUGAAAAAUCAAGCUCGAAAUGGAGGCAGGUGAUUAGCUAAUGACAUUUUGUAAACAAACCUGCUGAUUGGUCUAGAACAAAUGUGCCCUUGUUUGCUGUGCGUAAGAAAAUCUUGAUGGAGAAAAGGUGCUGUUUCAUUUGUUUACGUGGAGGUCAUCCCGCACGCUUUUGCCGAACCAAUAUGAGAUCCCUACGAUGCAAAGGAAGACAUCAUUCAAAGAAACAAGCAAUCACAACAAGAGUUGACCAAAGGAAUGAUACAAAGGAGGAAAUUAAGGAGCCGAACGUGAUUAAAACCACCACAACACCCAUCUAACAUGUUCUAAAAUGGAUAAUCCAAGUUUUCUAAAUAUUAGAACUUUGGAUUAUCCAAUCCCGUAUGAUCAUCCAUACCAUCCUAUCGUUUAGAAUUAUUGGAAGUGCCAUUGGUUCUAAAUCUUACAUAGAGUACAUGAAUGAAGAGCAGGAAGGGCGCAGAAUCCGAUCCUCGGAGAGAGACAUGCCGAAAAUAAGAGCUGCAAAACUUGUUGUUAAACGGCCAUCUCUUAGUGGUAAACAUACUGUAAAAGCUUUAAAUUUGUCUGUGAAACGUCGCAGAGUAUUAGAAAAAGACGUUCCUUGUGAUUUUACAGAGGAGGGUGCUAAUCAGUGUCUAAAUCAAGCUGAAGUGGAAUAUCAACAGGACCAGCGAGCAUACCAGCAACCUGAUAACUUUUUGUCCGAGCAUGGCAAAAGAAAGGUGAAAGAAGCAAAUGAAUGGGACAAAAUUCGAUUGGAUUUGUACAGGACUGGUGUUUCUGAGGACUCUACGCCCGAGCAGCAAUUGUGUGUCACAUGUAUGGAACAGAACAUCGACAAAAUAGCGUCCCAUUGCUGUUUAGAAUGUGGCCCUCAUCAGUUUUUCUGUAGAAAUUGUGCAUUUCACUUGCUUACCAGAAGAAAUAAUUACCGCAUGCUUGAAGAGUGGCAGGGUGGACAAUUUAAACCAAUGCUUUUCAGUGAUGCUGAGCUUAGAGGCAGAUGUUUCAAUGAGAGCACCUGCACAUUUUAUCGGAAGCAUUGCAUUGUAAUUGAUUAUCAAGCAGGAAGACAGCAUUCUAAGAAAACCCGUUAUUGUGGGUGUGGAACAGAAGCUGCACAGCUACUCAAACUGGGAUUGUGGCCUGCCAGUAGCAAAAAGCCCAUUGCCUUCAAUCUACAGUUUAUGAAAAUGGCAUCCAUUUUUCUAUUGGAAAGUCAAGUUUCACUUUUCAAGUUUUGUGACACCAUGGCAUUACUUUCUUCCAAGUUGUUACCUAUAAAGUAUUCGUCAUACCUUGCCGAUAAAACUUCAGCAAAAUACUACGCUGAAGAUCCGAAAUCUUUUCAUAACGAACUGCACGACCAGAUUCAGCCAUAUUGUGCCGUGGAUGAAAAAAGUUCUAAUAUUUGGAAAACUUGAAUUAUCCAUAUUAGAACAUGUUAGAUGGGUGACCACAAACAUGAACGUAAGCACAAGGAACACUAUAUUGUUGCAGACGGCGAAUGCAAAGGUUAAGGUGCCUGGAUUGCGAAGCGACGAAGCGGAAAAAAGUGUUCGGUUCGUAUUUGACUUGGGGAGCCAGAAGAGCUACAUAACUAAAGAAUUAAAGCGUUUGUUACAGUUACCCGUUAUUGGAAAGGAUAGACUUUAAAUAAAAACUUUUGGAGAUUCCACACCGAAGGUUAGGGAGUGCGAAAUUGUCAAGAUCAGCGUGAAGUGCAAGGAUGGAACGGAAAUGGUGAUUUCAGCCUAUGUUGUAUCGUUUUUCUGCACUGCCAUAAGCAUCCAGCGAAUUCCAGAAGUCGUACAGAGGUACCCAUAAUUAGGAGGUCUACAUUUGGCCGAUAUCGAUCACAAUGACGCAGAAAACCCGGAUAAACCCAUGCAAGUGUUGGUAGGCUGGGAUGAAUUUUGGAGAUUUGUAAGCGGUGAAGUUGUAUACAGAGAGGCAGAUGAACCGGUCACGCUUCAAACGAAACUAGGAUGGGUGUUGUCUGGUCCAUCUGGUCUGGUAAGUGACAAUGAUUCUUAUGUUAUGAGAGUUGAUACAUUAAUCGUUGACAAAAAUGACUCUGAGAUUGAGAAUAAAAUGAAGAAUUUCUGGAAUAAUGAAUCAAUAGGUAUUAAAGCUAAAACGUUGUUAUUUAUAGGUUUGCUCGCGUUGUCUCGGAGCUUUAAGCUCACCAUUCUGUUCAAAUGCUGUCGUAAGACACCAUAUUGCAAAGUACGAGGACGAUAAACUGUUUAUCGACACUGUGAAAAACUCUCUCUAUUAUGACGAUUUUGUAGUGGGUACAUAAAACAAAGAAAAUGCGAUAGCGUUGUACCAAAAAUUAAAGGAGCGUUUUCGACAAGAGGGUUUUACCAUGCAAAAAUGGAACUCAAACUUAGAACAAGUUUUGAACAAAAUUGACAAAAUCGAAAAUGAGGCUAGAAAUAAAGACCUUGUCGAAACAGAAUAGGAAAAUUCUACGAGGCAAUGUGAUUCGGUAAAACCGAAGAGAUUAAAGUUUUGGGUAUCAUUUGGAAUUCGAAAUCGGACACGUUAAUAUACGAGUUCAAUAGUUUAUUGGGUUCCACUGCGAAGGAAUAUAUUACGAAACACGGGUAAUAUUCUUGCCACAAAGGCUAAAAUAUUUGACCCACUCAGACUUAUUAGUCUAGCAAUUUUAUCCUUUGAAAUUGCUUUUUCAAGCGCUGUGCAAAGAAAAUAAUAAUUGGGACUCGCUGAAUGAUGUCUCUAUCUUGAAAAACUAUAAGGCUAUUACAAACGACAUGAAAGAAACAGGGUGCCUAACUGUUAACAGAUAUUACCUAAGAAAGGACAUUUCAAUAUCAGAUAUCAAUUUCAUUGAUUUUCACGGUUUUUGUAACGCAUCAACAAAGAGGUUACGGUGCUUGUGUUUAUGUUGUCUGCCAUCUAUGAUCAGGUGAAAUAACGUCAUAGUUAUGAUGGGCUAAAACACGUAUCGCGCCAAUAGGAGACAAACCCUCCUUUAGAACUGAUAGCUGCAUUAAUUCUUGCUUGUUUGAUGAAAGAGUAGAAGAAGCGCUGCAACCAGUCACUAAAAUUUAGACUUUUCAUCGCUGGUUCGAUUCUAAAAUUACACUUUGAUGGAUGGCAAGUGAAGGAAAGGUUUUAGAAGCCUUUGCCUAAAACCGAGCGCAGUGGCAUUAUUAUCCCACUUAAUUGAAUCCCGCAGAUAUUCUUUCUCGAGAAAUGAAUAUUUCUUACCAAAAUCAAGUCGUAUGGUAUUGAAGGAUACAUAUACAACUGGAUCAAGAGUUUUUUAACUGGAAGGAAACAGAGAGUUGUAUUAAAUGGCUUCAAAUCUUGCUGUAUAUAAACAAUUUACCUGAUAACAUAAACUACUGUCAAGUCAAGAUCUUUGCUGAUGAUACGAAAAUGUAUUCUCCUUCUAACUACCAAGCGCAACAUAUUCAAAAUGAUAUUGAAUCACACAAAAAUUGGUCAAAAACAUGGCAGCUUCCGUUUAACAGUGAUAAGUGCAGUGUACUUCGCCUGGGUAGCUCCAAUCAACGAAAUAAAGAUAUUAUAUACCAGAUGAUUUAACACAAACAAAUACGAUCAUUAAAUCAGUUGAAUCAAUUCGAGAACUUGGAAUUAUAGCUGACAACAAAUUCAAAUUUGACACACACAUCGCAGAAAAUGCAAAAAAAACUUGCGGUGUUUUAGCGUCCAUUAAAAGAGCCAUGAAAUUCGCCAAGAGAGAGACCUUCAAUGCUCUUUACAAAAGCCUAGUUAGGCCAAUCUUUGAAUAUUGUGUGCCUGUUUGGAAUCCAUGUAAAGUAAAACAAAUUCAAACCGUACACGGAACGCUUACUUUUCCUCGAUCUCCCAACAUUAUGCAAUAAAAGAAGACGUGGAGAUAUGAUUACAACUUUCAAAAUACUACACGGCAUGGUCGAUACUGAUAGUAAAGUAUUUUUUGAACGAAGUACUUCAGUUACGAGAGGACACAAUCUCAAGCUUUUCAAGUUUGCUUUAUCGUCGAGCAAAAGGAAGAGCUAUUUCUCAAACAGAGUAAUAAACGAAGGCAACAAUUUUCCAGCAAACAUAGCCAAUGCGAAGUCAAAUAUAGAGUUUGAGGAUUUUUGCGGAACGAGAAGUACAACUAUGAAUACGCUUAAAACCAACGCUAAAGGGUUUAAUAAGCCAAUGGCCUCCUUAUCCCUCAUUAUAUCAUAUUAUAAUAUUAUGAAGGUUUCAAAAUUAACAAAAAACAAUUUGUGGUGGCACGAUCCUGACUUCUUGUGCCGAGUGCGCAAUUUUUAGCCGGAGAAAGAAAGUUUUGAGGAAAACAUUGAUGAUUACUUUGACUUUGUGGAUUUGAAAAAAAAACCCUGUAACUGUCAAUUUGAUUCAUUCAGGGGGAUCAAAUAUUUGUGAACUCGUACAUUUGGAAAGGUUCAGCGAUGUAAACAAGAUUCAUCAUGUUACUGCGUAUGUCUUGCAUUUUAUACAGAUAUAAAAAUUUCGAAUUAAUAUUACGUCUGCAAGGCCAGAAGGUGAUCUAAAAACUGAUGAUAUCGAAAAUGCAAAAAUCAUGUGGAUUCUAGCUGUCCAAAAAGACAUUAAGCGUGGAAAAAAUUUCGAGCAACUUCAGCAGAACCUAAAAUUGUUUGAGGAUCACAAAAGGUAUACAUGAGUCAGUAUACCUUUUCUAACGUCAAAGAAAAUGUUUUUUGCAAAAUACGUGUAAGCUAAUACGCUGUCUGUAAGCUAAAUACAAAGUAAUAAAUAAAGUUCCAUGAAAAAUAAAAUGAAAAAGUAAGUGCAUUUAAAAAUGUUCAUAUCGCCAAUUUUUUUAUAUUUUUAUCAGCUUCAAACAACUUCAAAUAAUAUUCCCAGGGUUGAAAAUUUAUUUCAAUUCGACGCAAGAAACAAUAGCUAACAAUAAAUACAUAAAUAUACAAAGUUAACUAAUCAAAAUCGAAUAUAGCUAACAGUUAGUACAAAAAAAGAAAUUAUGGAUACAAAAUUAAAGAUUACAUUGCAUUUUCAGGCAGAAACUGACAAGCACUGCAUUUGCAAUUCGGUCCGUCCCAUUGUUUUCUUAGAUUCUUAAAACUCUUAAAAUUUUCUACGGAUUUCAACUCGUCGGGUAGGCCAUUCCAAAUCUGUGGCUCGAUUGACAUAAGACUUUUGGAUCCAAAUGUUGUUUGCUUAGGUCUAGCAUGAGCUAAAUUAUUCGGAUUUCUUAAUCAAUAAUUUGACGAACGUAAUUUAAAAAUACUCUGCAUAAAAGGUGGGUUUAGCUGUUUUACUGCUUUGAAUAUUUCAAUACAUAGAAUUCUUCGACGAGCGACGAGCAUCGUGCAUUUGUCUGCCAUCACAAGCAGAUCGUUAUACGAACUUGUAUGAUCAUUAGAGAGAAAUCUUAGGGCACGUUCUUGUAUCUGUUCAAUUUUCUGUAAUGAUUUAGACGAUGAAAAAUACCAGACCAAGGGACAAUAACUGAAAUUGGAAUAUACAAAGCUCUGGACAAGAACCUUUUUCUCCUGGAAACCAAUAAACGUCUUUAAUCUUUUAAGAACAAUCAAUUGUGUUGCAGCUUUUUUGCAAAGAUUCGAAAUAUGUGAAUGGAAAUCAAGUUUUUAAUCCAACGUUACUCCUAAAAGCUCCACUGUCUCCUCAGAUUGAAUUUUUUACCAUUAAUGAUCAUUUGUUCUCCACUAGUAUUUCUCUAGUUUUUCUGAGUUCAUAGCAAGAAUUAUAGCAUGAAAUUUUUCAGGGUUUGCAAUCAUUACAUUUCGUGCUAACCAUGAUAUGCCGAUUCCCAUUUCAUUUUGCAAGGUAUUUACAAGAUCACGCAUGGUUUUUAGAAAAAUAACAAAGUGUAUUGUCGUCUGCAUAAUUAUGGAGCGUUGCUUGUUUUGUGAAUAGAAAUAAGUAAUUUAUGUAAAAAUGAAACAGAACUGGUCCUAGCACAGAGCCCUGGGGUACACCAGACAUAACCUUUUGAAAAGAGCUGUAUGAAUUGUUUAUCCGAACACACUGAUUUUGUCUUUUCAGAUAAGAAUAAAUUAGAAGUAGAACAUUUUCAUGAAAUCCAUACGCAUGCAGUUUGGCAAUAAGCAAAUCAUGUGAGAUACAAACGAAAGCUUUCGAAAGACCCAUUAAGACUGCACCAACGAGGUAGUCAUUGUCACGGCUAGCCUUCCAGUCUUCUAUCAAACGUAUCAAAACAUGUUGGGUUGCAUACGUUUGUCGAUAGGCAGUAAUGAAGACUAAAAGCGUGUAAUCUAAAUGUUGAACCAAUUGAUUUUUAAAGACUUUUUCAUAUAUCUUUGAAAAGGUAUUGAGAACACUAACUAGGCGGAAAUUUCUUUCUAAUGUACAAUUUGAUUCCCCUCUAUCUAGUGGGCAAACUGCCGCUUUCUUUGCAUCGUUUGGGAAACGAAAAUUUCGAAUGCUACAGUUUAUUGAAGUAGUUAAAGUAUUUGUAAGUUCAUUUGCAGCCAAGGAUAUAAGCUUCGGGGGAAUUUGAUCUUCACCAGGAGAUUUCUAGCCAUCCAGGCAUUUUAAUAGUUUUGCAACUUCAUGACUGCCUAUCUCUUGAAAAGUGAAAUUAGCCUGGCUUUGAAUAAUAGCUAGGACACUAGGAUGGUUUUUAUAUUGAUCAAGAAUCAAGCGAACGAUUUGGCGGUCGUCAGAAAUUCCAGUAUUUUUGCAAGGCUAAUGGGCUUCUUACCGCUGGAUUUUUCUACUAUAUUUAUAUAAUGAUUUUUAUAAAAUCUUUUUUUAAGCCUUGAUUUAGUAUAAAUUGCCUUCGGCAAUUGCUGAUUCAUGAAAAGGGCAGUAUUUCCCCUCAGAACUUUUGUUCUUAAAGGAGCAUGUUUAUCUACAAUUUUUCGAAAGGUGGACGAUAGAUUUAUAUAUGCCAAAUCAGUAUAAUUUAAAUCGGCUUGAAAGUCACUGUCCUUUACAUCUUGGAGAAACCUUUCAGGUUUAAGUUUCUUAUACCAUCGGUAUCUGAUGAUUUUAGGUUUGAGACGGGGUAUGUGUGUUUUAAUUGAAGUUAGGACAAUGCAAUACAAAUCGCUAAAGCUAGUUUCAAAAACGCUGGUGUUUUGAAAACAUCUGGGUCUAUUUGUCAAUAUGACAUCAAUUGAUGAACUAUGAUUUUUCAUGUAUCAUGUCUUGUCCUAUAUUUAAUUAGACCGUCCAAGCCCAUGACAGAAGGAGAUUAGUCUAGUGUACCCAGGAUGUUGAGUAUCAUGAGUAUUGAUAUUUAUAUCGCCCAUAAUGAUAACAUUUUUAUAUUGGUCCAAAGCUGAGUUUGAUGAAAAAGACAGCUCUCUGAAAAUAGUUCCAGGUUUGAAGGUUCUGGGGGUCGGUAAAUGCUAAAAAUUAUCCACUUCUUUUUGCAAACCAACAGAUGUGAACAAAUUAUCUCGUUAGUUAGGCUCUCAAAAACUGGAACUCUAUUGCAAACAACUCCUUUCUAACAAAUUGCAUCAAACUCCCACCAAAUUCAUUCCUACCACGCCGGAUUGGUUUUUGGUAAUUAUUUAUUAGAAAGAUUUCAGUUUUUAAAUCUGAACUUAGUUUUGUUUCCUCUAUUACAAAAAUAUCAGGCAAGCAUUCUUCAAUAACUAAUUAUAGGUCAAUCAUUUUGUUUCGAAGGCUAUUUAUAUUGAAGAAACCAAUCAAAGAAUUAUUUGGAUUUUUCGUUUUAUAGAUUAAAAAUCUCCCUAAAUUUAUUCGAACCAUCUGAUUGCGUGGAUUCGAUUGAAGAUGCAGAAAGGGAACAUUCAUCGCCUGCUUCGGAAGCGUUUGAAAUCGAGGAAAAAGAGCGUUCAAUACUUGACCUACAACUUAAACUGGAUUACAAUCUAGGACUCAAGUGUUUUUGACUUUAUUUUAUGGUGCAACUUUUCCAAGCAGUCAGGUGUAAUACUUAGAUCUGAUGAGCAUCUUAAUGUGUUAGGCCUUAGUGGUAUACUUGAAAUAUGAUCUUUAUGUGUAGUCAGUUGACUUUUCGUUUUUUUCUUAGAAGGAUUAAUACCUGAUAUCCUAUUUUCAUCAUGUUGUAAAAGAUCAAAGAACAGUCAGAUAGUAUUAAUAAAGUUCACUGAAUCAUAACCUAAAACGUUUGUACCGUUGUCAUUUAAGUGGAUUCCAUCGUGAAGAAGAUAUUUCCAAUCGAAAUCAAAAA